AUGAUGGUACUUCAACAACAUUACAAAAAAAGAAUUCCGUUAUAUAGAGUUCGUGAAACAUUUCAAUUAUUUUUAACUGAAUAUGUGGAUACAAAUAUUAAUUUGUCAUUAACUUCAUUUAAUGAUUUAAGACCAAUAAACUUAUUAAUACAAUCUCAUAUGCCUGGGCGUAGUUGUUUAUGUAUUUACCAUGAAAAGAUGAAUUUAUUAUUAAAACCAUUAUCAAAAUAUAUUCGUUGUCCUGGUUUACAUUCGCUUCAAUAA